AUGGUGACAAAUGAAGUAAAAAGUGGGGAUGAUGAGGCAGUAAUCGCGGACAAGCUGCGACUGAUCGAUGCGGUUCAACGAUUAGGUGUUGGUUAUCACUUUGAAAUAGAAAUCGAAGAAACACUUGAAAAAAUACACGACAUGGGAGAGGGAUUGUUCGCUAAUAUUGACGAGAAAGGCACUUAUCUCUACCGUGAAGCUCUUCGUUUUCGACUCCUCAGACAACAAGGGUUUCCUGCUUCACCUGAAGGGUUUAGAAAGUUGAAGAACAGCGAUGGAAGGUUCAAGGAAUGGUUGUCGAGGGAUGUGCAAGGACUGUUGAGCUUGUACGAGGCAGCACACAUGGCAUUCAAUGGAGAAGACAUAUUGGACGAAGCACUAAGUUUUGCGAUGAAGAGUCUUAAGUCAAUCUGCCUCCCAACACACGAGAAGAUCAACCCUUCAUUCCAAAAGCAAAUCGACUUUGCCCUUCGUCUUCCCGCUUGGAAAUGUCCCCCAAGGUCAUUGGCUAGGCACUCCAUAGAUAAUUUCUACUUAGAGGACUCUACCCUGAAUCAAAACCUCCUCACUUUUGCAAAGUUGGACUUCAACAUGGUCCAAAGCUUCCAUCAGCAGGAGCUCCGAGAACUCUCUGAUUGGUGGAAGAGUAUUGACGUGACGACCAACUUCCCAUAUGCAAGAGACAGACUUGUGGAGAGUUACUACGUUUUCAAUUGUGCUUAUUUUGAGCCCAAAUAUGGAGUGGGAAGAAUUAUGGGUACCAAGAUCUUUUUAGUGGUGACAAUUUUGGACGAUACUAUUGACAACUUUGCUACAUUUGAAGAGGUUCGGGCUCUCGUAGAAGCUAUUGAUGAAAGGAUGGAUGUGAGGGCUCUCCAUAAACUGCCUGACAGGAUGAAGAAUGUAUAUCGUGUCAUCCGUGAUCUGUAUACCGAAAUUGAGAGUGAAAUUGGGAAAACAGGACCCACCUUUGGUGUCGAGUACGCAAAGGGAGAGCUCAAGAAACUUGCCCAAUUCUGGUUGGAUGAGGCUCAGUGUUACAGUAAAGGCCAGUUUCCGACACUGAAAAAGUACUUUAUCGACGCAUGUGUCACCGGCGGUAUACCUAAACUCUGCGCAUCUGCUUUUGUUGGUAUGGGAGCAGAAACGGCCACUAGAGAGGCUUUUGAAUGGAUAGCUAAUCGAUCUAAAAUGGUAAAAGCAGCCUCUCUUAUCGGUAGGCUCCAAAAUGACAUUUGCUCUCAUAAGUUUGAACAAAAGAGAAAUCAUUGGCCUUCAGCUGUAGAAUGCUACACAAAGGAGUGUGGAGUCUCGGAAGUUGAAGCAGUUGAAUUUUUAUGGAAGGUGAUUUCUAAGUUAUGGAAAGAUAUUGCCGAAGAGUACUGUCAGAAACCAACUCAAUUGCCAUCUACUCUCACGAAUCGUCUUCUCAACUUGACACGUUGUGCCAAUAUCGUAUAUGAGAAAGAUGAUGAUUACAUCACUCAUUCUCACCUUUUGAAGGAUCACCUCAAUUCACUAUUUAUCCACCCCGUACCUCUUUGA